AUGGAAACACCAAUAUCAGCCGCGCCGACCCUAGCAGGAGACCGAACGCCUCCAGGCGCUGUGUCGCAGGGCGACUUCACCGAUUCCAGCCACGAGACCAUUAGCGACCCCUGUCACGACCCCGAGCUCGGCUCCGGGCCCCGAGAGCAACAACAGCCCGCUGAACCUGCCGAAAAGCCUCGCUAUGGCGGCAUAACUGACAAUGUCGUCGACUGGGACGGGCCCAGUGACCCGGAAUGCCCACGGAACUGGCCGGUGCGGCGCAAGGUGCCCUUCGUGCUUGUCACGUCCGGCAUGAUCACCUGCGUGUCGUUCGGGUCGAGCGUCUUCGCGCCCGCGGAGCACAUCUUCGCCGAGGCCUUUGGCGUGCCCCUCGUCGUGGGCCAGCUGGGCGUCGCGCUCUGGAUCCUGGGCUUCUUCGCCGGCCCGAUAUUCUUUGGCCCGAUUUCCGAGAUCUUUGGGCACCUGCUGCCCAUGACCGUCGCCAUGGUCGGGUUGGCUAUCUUUCAGAUCCCCAUAGCACUAGGCGAGAACGUCAGGACUGUGCUGAUUUGCCGGUUCUUCGCUGGUGUCUUUGGCAGCGGCGCCUUCGCCGUGGUUUCUGGGACGUACUUUGAGCUGUAUGAGCCGAUACCCCGGGGCGUAGCCCUGGCUGCCUCAGGGAUGUCGAUCAACCUCGGUGCGACUGUUGCGCCGGUUGCAGGGGCCUUUCUUUCUUAUGAGGCUCACUGGCGGUGGACGGCUUGGGUGACUCUCAUCUUUGCCGGCAUUCUGUGCUUUGCUGCCCUGUUCACUGUCAGGGAGACGUCGAGCCGGAAGAUCCUACAGCUCAAGGCAAAGAGGCUGCGCUUCGAGACGAGGAACUGGGCGCUGCAUGCCAAGUCCGAGGAAACACCUAUCGAAUUCCAAGACAUCGUCCAGCGAUAUCUCACCAAGCCGGUCCGCAUCAUCAUACAGGAGCCUAUUCUGAUCAUUUUGACGGCAUAUCUGACCUUGGUUUAUGGCAUUCUAUAUUUGUCUUUCCAGGCCUUCCCGGCCGCAUACCAGCAACGUGGCUGGACCGUCCCGAUGAGCGACUUGCCUUUCCUCGCGGUGCUCCUCGGAGUGGUGUCAGCCUUCCUCACCUGCUCGUUGUACACUCUGACGUAUUACAAGAGGCGAGUCAUUGCUGCUCAUGGGAAGACAGUGCCCGAAUGGCGUCUACCUCCCAUGAUCCUCGGAGCUGGUCUCCUCCCGCCUUCUCUGUUCUGGUUCGGCUGGUCGGGAAACGUGCAUUGGAUCUGUCAGGUCAUUGCGAGCUACAUGAUCGGGUACGGCCUGUUGCUUAUAUUCAUUACUGGCAUUGUGUAUCUCGUUGAUGUUUAUCAGCACCACGCAAAUUCCGCCAUGUCUAUUCACGUCAUAAGCCUGAAUGAGCUGCACCGCUCCCGAAAUGACCCAUUCAUAAACUCAUCAAAAGAAUAG